AUGAAGUUCGUCGUGGCUCUCACCCUUGCCUCCACUGCCAUGGCCGGCAUCGUCGCCCGUGACGCCACCAUCAUCAACGGCGUCAUGAGUACUGUCGAGAGUGACAUCGGAAAGGUCAAAGACGCUGCCGAUGCCUACAAGGGCGACAAGACGGAUCUCGUCAAGGCCGCGGACCAACUCGUCUCCGACCUCAAGGACGGCAAGACCAAGGUCGACGGCGGCCCCGACCUGACCGCCGAGGACGCCAUCAACCUCACCAGCUCCGUCGACAAGCUGACCAAGGCCGGCACCGCGCUGACCGACACCCUGGAGAAGCGCAAGCCCGAUGUUGAGAAGGCUGGCGAGUGCAAGACUGUGCAGGACCAGAUCUCCGCUAUCGAGUCCAACUCGAAGGCCCUCAUCGAUGCCGUCGUCAAGAAGGUGCCCGAGGCCGCCCAGCCCAUCGCCCAGCAGCUCGCCGGCAAGCUCACCACGGUCCUCCAGCAGGCCCAGGAUGCCUACAAGGACUGCAAAGACUCCGGCAGCAACAACGGUGGCGGCAACAAGAGCCCCAGCUCCGGCGUAUCGACCACCGGCUCUGCCAAGCCGACCAGCACCGGCGCAUCGACCACCGGCUCUGCCAAGCCAACCGGCACCGGCGGCGUCGUGCCCACCAGCUCCCAGAUCACCAUCCCCACUGGUGCCGCUGCCGUCUACGCGCCGGUUGGUGCCCUCGCCGCCGUCGCUGCUGCCCUUGCGCUCUAA